CUCGACUUUUAGCAAAUUUAUUAUGGAGUCAUGUACUGGACAAAAGUCACGCUAUAGAGUGUCGUGUUGCGUAGUAGAGUGUCGAGGUGCAAUAUAGAUCCCAAGGUCGCGAGGCGUAGUAUAGGUGGACGCGAGGCGAAAUAGAGAGUCGCGAGGCGUAAUAGUGAGACGCGUAUGUAAUAAUAGAGAGAUGCGAGGCGUAAUAGAAGGACGCGAUGCGUAACAGAAGGACGCGUUGCGUGAUGGAAAGACGCGCAAACAAGGGCGACGCGGCGUGUAGGAAGAGGGGACGCGUACUUUCGCGCCAUUUGCCUUGGUUACCCGUGAAUAAAUUUCGAAUUUUUUCAAUUGACUGGCAAAUUAAUCAAGACAAAACACGAAAGAAAAAGUAAGUUUUUGUAGCAGCUGGGCUGACCGUUCUCUCUGAUUUUUUCUCUCCUGUUUUUUUAAUUUCUGCUGUAUUAUAGUUAUAUUCUGAUAAAUUGUGAGAAGUUGCUAAUUCAUAAGUAUGUGUAGUAGUGAAGGGAAGCAAUGUAGGGCAACGACGACAUUUGUCAACACAGGUAUAGCUGGCACCCCCCCCCCUCCUCAUAUAUAUUUUCUCAUUAAAAUUUGUAAUGGGCUAGCUAUACUAUUGCUAUAAAUAAUGGAUUAUAUUAUUUGCCCUAGCAACUUUUACUUCCUUUUUUCCUUCCCUUGUAUACACCACCAAUCAACCCCCCUCCCCCUGCAACGAGGAGGGUGCCGAUAAGCCGAAAAAUGUUAUUACACUGCUUGCAUGCUAUUCUGUUAUAAGCAAUGUGCUGUUUUUGUAUUAAUAUUGUGUUUUGUAUCACCAUGUGAUUACAAUGUUUUGAUAGGUAAACAGGGCAGCUUAUAAAACAGAACGUAGGACUACGACUGGUAGUUAAAUGGAACUGUGCGGUGCAUAUGCAUGUGUACAACAACACUGUCAACAGGUGUAUUGUAAUGAUGGCAAAUUUCUCAAGUUUUGGUUUUCUUCAAGUGACACUGCACCCAUUUUCAAGAAUUUUAAAUAAUGCAGCAAAUAUGUACAAUGUUCUUAUUCGAUUUUCCUUUAAGGAUAUUCUUAAGACAUUUUUAAAUUUUUGUCUUACUAUCGUGAAUAUUUAUCGGCAUGGUUGUAAUUUUCAAAACUUUCAAGCUAAAUUGUAUGUGAUGUUUUAGGAAUUAAAAAUUGAUUCAGCAUGCAGAAAGUGAAAGACGCUAUAGACAGACUGAAUAAUGCAUUGGAUGGUCUGUCAUCAUCAACAACAAGUACUCAAAAUAAUCCAAAUCAGAACAUCUUCCAGAGUCCAAACUCACAUCCAAGUCCAAACUUACAUCCAAGUCCACAACAUCAGAGAAUUCUACAAGAUUUCAAUAAGCAAUUUCCAGCGUUGAAUGCUGGUGGUAGCCGAUAUCGCCCACAAGCAAAGAAACCACGUCUCUCUAAUAACUUCAUUAAGGACACAUGGACCCAUAAAUUCUGUGCACUGAGCUACAAAGAUACAUCAGUUUCACCUAAUACACGUGAAUUAAUGGAGCUAAACCAAGUUGGUCUCGGAAUUGAAAAAGUUGUUUUUCCUUCCAAAACUGGAACACAUGCUAUGCUUCUGGAAGAGUUAACAAAAGCUUAUCCAAAAUUAUCAUCACAGAGUGGUGGCAUUGAACUUCUGAGGGCUGAGAGUGGUGGAAUAAACCGACCAUUGGUGUUGAUACCACCAAGAAAAGAUGGUUAUUCUAUCAGCUAUUUAAAAAAUUUAGUACCCGGUCACGCUGUAAUAUACAUCAGACCAGUGCAGAGCGACUUACCAAUGGAGGAACCAACUAUGGAUUCAGGUAUUGAAGUUAACUGUGUACGAUGUAAUCAGAAAUAUCCGUUAAAUGAUUUAAGAUUCCAUCAAGCUUAUUGUCAACUUGAUGAUGACAUUUUUCCAGAGAUGAUAGACGAUGAAGCUGGGCCAUCGAAUGAAAAAGAAGUAGGAAGUACUUCUCCCCAUAUCGAUACUUUGUCGGCAAUGUUUCCUCGAAUCUCUAAAGCCACAAUUCAGGACAUUUUACGGAAUACCAAAUCUAUCGAUGUGGCAGCCAAUAUUUUGAGUGAGAAAAGUGCAAGUGAAAAUAUGUCUGACAUGCUGCAAAUUAAAUGUGUAGAUAAGGACAUGUCUUUAAAAGAAAUUCUCAAUCAAAUUACAUCUCUUGCUUCAGAAAAUGAUACAAUCACUUUGGAAAUUGAACGUGACAAUCUUUGGAUGGAAUCCUUGAGAUUUUACAAAAGGAACCUUGUGAAUUCUCAAGUUAUGACCAAAAAAUUGAUCAUUGAGUUUAAAGGAGAGGACGGCCUUGAUGGUGGGGCAAUGAAAACCGAAUAUUUCAACCUUUUGUUAGAAGAAGUUAAAAAUCGUCUAUUUGAAGGUGAAAAUAACAGUUUGUUGCCUGUGAAAGACAUCACAAAAGCUGUGCUUUUCAAAGUUGCUGGUAUGAUUAUCGUACAUUCAUUGAUUGCUGGUGUUGACACCGGCUUCCCAGUAUUAGCAAAACCAUACUUUUUACACAUGUGUGGUAGAGAUACCGACAGUUUGAUUGAAAGUUUGAAUAAAAGCCACAUACCAGCAAAUGCAACAACUGAAAAUUUGAUUGAAUUGAUUGAAUCACUUGAUCAAUGUAAAACAAAGGACGAUAUAGACAAACUGCUUUACAAGGACAAUCAGAAGCAAGAUGUGUUUUGGUCACUUAUUAAUUCUGCGCAUUGGCCUGCCGACAAGAAUAUUAACAAAGAAAAUGUCCCAUUACUGGUUCAACAACUCAUUUUGAAUGAUGUGAUAUUGUCACGCCGAAACUCUUCAGACAUGUUAUUCGAAGGUUUGAGCUCGUGCAAUUUCUUGAAUACGAUUCGGUGUCAUUGGAAAGUUAUGGAUCAAAUAUUUUGUGCUGGUUAUCGCAUGAUUGAGAGUAAAGAAUUUAUCAAAUGUUUUAGUUUUGACGAACCAACUUCCUUCGUGGAGACACAGGCAAAGAAAUUUUUUCUGUCGUUUAUUGAAAAAAGUGACAGUAUGACAUUGAGUAAAGUACUUGCCUUCUGUACUAGUCAUACAGUUGUUCCACUGGAUGGUAUGAAAAAUGAAAUCAGAGUGAAAUACAUGUCGGAUGAUGAAAAAAACAGUAUGUGCAAAUCCUCUGCAUGUUUAAAAAUAAUCUACCUACCUACAGUUCAUUCUGUAGAAAAGGCGUUUCACAAUAUGUUGGCAACAGCUUUAGCAUGUGAAUCAAAGGGAUUCGCAAAUCCAUGAUAAUUGUAAAUUUUUAGGGGCACUAACGAGUUUAUUUUUUUCCUUCAAGGUGAUCGAUUUUUAGCUUAUGUUGUCAUUGUUCUUAUUAUGUUGUCAUUGAGAAAAAAUGCCGAUUUUUUUUCUUUUUCUUCCAAAAUAUGCCUCACUUCUAUAAAACUGAUUUUUUUUCUGGUGGGGGGGAAUAUAAAAAUCCUGUCAGUCCUAUGCAAGAAUUCUUCCAGUGAUAUACAUACUUUUAAUGAUCAGAUUGAUUAUGAUUAGUCUCGAAUUUAUGACUGACUUGUACGCUCCUUGAAGUCUAUAUAUACUGCACAUGCAUUUAUAAGUUCGUCUUUUUGUUGUUCUAUUUUGUUUGUUUUCUAACUUUUAUAUGGAAAAGAUGUAUGGUUAUAGUCGUGAUCAAGUUACGCAUUGCAUUAUCAUUCAGCUGUGCUAACCAAGAAGAUAUUUUUCUUUUCUUUUUAUUUCACAAGGGUUAUGUUUGUUAUUUUGUUCUUUAUGUGAAAAAAUGUUCUACUUAUAUACGGUCGACUCACUCAGAGAAAGUUAUUUAAAAACAGAACUGUUAUCGUUAAGUAACUUUUAAACAUAUUUCGAACAUUUUGGAGGGAAUUUCGUCUGGCAUUUUUAGGAUUUAUUGUAUGAUUAAACAAACAAGUGGUUUUGUUGACAUUUCGUGUACUUAUGCAGUACUUUUAUUUUUCAGAAUAUAACAUGAAUAUACAACAAUUGA